UGGGCACCAUGAGCCAUGUGCCCCCAGAGCGGCCGCUGCUCCCCACCCUCACCAGCCAGUAUAAAAGCACUGCCCAGGCUGAGAGCUGCCAUCCACCGCUCCUGCCUUGCUCUGCUCAGGAAAAGGGCUCAGCUCUCUCGCACCAAGAUGUCUUGCUACGACCUGUGCCCACCAAGAACCAGCGUGGCCGUCCCCCAGCCCAUCGCUGAGAGCUGCAACGAGCUGUGUGCCCGCCAGUGUCCCGACUCUUCAGCCUUCAUCCAGCCACCGCCUGUGGUUGUCACCUUCCCCGGCCCCAUCCUCAGCUCCUUCCCCCAGCAAGCCGUGGUGGGCUCCUCCGGAGCACCUGCCUUUGGGGGCAACCUGGGGCUGGGAGGCCUCUACGGUGCUGGGGCCACUCAGGCCUCGGGGGGUCUCUGCACCUUUGGCAGACCCUACGCUCCUGCUGCCUGCAGCCCUUUGGCUCUGCCCCGCUACAGCCAGAGGCUCUGGAACUCCUGUGGGUCCUGCUAGAGCCAGCCCCACAUUCCCCAGAGUUCCUGGGACACCUCACCCUUAAGCCUCCUCUUUUUAUUACCUUGCUUUCCCUCUUUCCAUGACCCUUCUGCUCCUCCUUGCUCCUCCCCGUGUCCAGAUUUUUUACUCCUCCAGAAUCCCCCAAGGAUCUUUCUUGUCUCUGAAGCAUCCUCCAGCUGGAAGAAGUUUGAAGGAACACCUCUCCAGAAACUGUGAAGGAAAAGCUUCUGACUUCUGCCCUAUGUGUCUUUCUCCACUGCAAUAAAACAAGCCUGCAUCCAA